CCCUCAUCCCAGCACAAAAUCCAAUCUCUAUUGACGACAAUGAUUAUUUUACCAAAUACCCCGCCAAUUCCUCGCUCUGUACCACUUCUGAAGACCUCAGGUUUGCCAGGCCUGGUGAACAGCGUCCGGCUUUUGCUUUGCGACGCCGCAUCAGGACAGGCGAUCAAGUACGCUGGGUUGCUAGAAGACUACCUCGUUGAGCUCUUCUCAGAGGCGAACAAACGGGCAGAUACUCCGGCCGAAGUCUUGAACUUCAUGCGUGAGGCGAUUUUUGUUGAAGGGACAGCAAAGCCGUGGAGCGGCAUCGGGGCCUCCAGACCUGAACACAGGGGGCAGAGCUGGUAUGUGAUAGACGAGGUGGAGACCGUGUUCACCACCUUGGCGUUGGUGUACAUGAAGAUUGCAGGGGAUGCAAUGGCAACGAUGAUCCAAAUCCCGGGAAGUAUCGAAGAUACAUGGAAGCACAUUUCGGGCUACUUCAAACGGGCAUUGAGCUUUCUCAAGUACGUUAGCGCUAAUCGAAUCCACAAGGACACCAGUCUCGCAGGCCUUUCCCCAGCAUUUGUCAGCUUUCUACAGCAUUUAGUAAUGGCGUCCUUGCAGCUCUCCAUCUUGUCCAAGUCUUUGACGACUCAGAUCCAACAGGCCUCCGAGGCGUUUACCAGUACCAAGCCCACCAGCUACGGGUUAUUUUCCCGUGUGGCCCUCUUUGUGUCUGAUGAAUUGACAAUCUGUGAAAAGCUACUCUCCUCGUUGCCAGAAAGCAGCGAUUUUGCCGUAUGGCCGAAAUAUUUGGCCCGGACCAAGCUCUAUGUGAACGCCUACGCUGGAUAUUAUCUCUCCGUGGAGAAGUACCACCAGAACGCGAUCGGGGAGGCAAUAGGGUUGGUGAAUUACGGGAUUUACCAGUUGGAACAGGAAAAGAGCAAGCCGAGUGCGGAGCUGUACGAGACCGAAACCUCAGAUGUCAAGGAGCUUGGAAACUCGCUCAUGAAGACAAAGUUGAGCCUCAAGACUAAGCUUCAGACGAAGCUCCAGGCCAGCAAAGAUAAGAAGACUGCAAAGAAGAUUGACGGCUUGACUUCAGUGUCUGUAUUGACGAAGAACUCUGUUCUGUUUUUUGCGAAAUACUUUCCAGCCAACUCCGCCCUCAUGUUGGACUUGACCAACUUGUACCAUAGUUUGAUCGCAAUUAACGCAAAGUACACUAAGGAGAACCUGGUUUUGAAGUACGACACGGUUCCAUCGUAUGCCGAAAUUGUGGGCAAUUCAGCCAAGUACUGGCCAUCCGGCAGACAGGUGCCUGUUAACGUGGAGGAUUGGCAUCCUGUGACUAAUCUGGGCGAAGAAGAGGAAGGAACAGAUGGCUAUGCUGGAAAAGGAGCGUACUACUAAUAGGGGAUAUUUACUCACAAAUCAACGAAGAUUUGUGUUUAACGGCAGGUUUUUUUUGCAACGUACAGUCUGAUGAAGCCAGCUUAUUUUGAUUAUGCAAAGAUCACUCUAACCUCUGCACGAAUAGCCAGAAUGACGCUCUUAGAUCUCUGGGAAGGCUGGGUUAUGUUAAAGAGGCAAAACUGGCUCUGUUAUAGACCUUUUUUUUUAACACUUUUACGCUAAUAAUAUGAUGUUUUAAAAAAGUAAA